AUGGUUCAUGGCGUGGAACCGGAUGACUUUCAGUCGGAGACUACCUCUCUCGCGUCGACGAUCGCAAAAGGACGGUUGGAGAAUGGCCGAAGUCACAUAUUGUUUAUCGUGCUAGACUACCACCAACCCAAUCCUCUCUUCCGCGCUCCUAUUGGCGAUUCGCCCAAGCAUAUUCUGGACAUCGGAACUGGCAAAGGAAGCUGGGCUAUUGACGUUGCCGAUCACUUUCCGUCAGCGACCGUCCGUGGCGUGGAUAUAUUCCCCCCUCCUGUGACCUGGAUGCCCCCGAACUGUUUAUUCGAGGUGGACGACGUCCUUCGCGAAUGGACAUGGAGAGACCCGUUUGACUAUAUCCACAUGCGCAUGAUGUAUGGAGCAUUCGAUGCGGAAGGAUGGAGCCAGGUAUAUAAGCAGGCCUACCAUGCCCUCGAACCAGGUGGUUGGAUCGAGCAAGUGGAGAUGGACAUUCGAGUUCAUAGCGAUGAUGGCACCUUGAAAAAAGAUAGCGUUCUAGCGGGGUGGGGUGAUCUCUUUCUUAGAUGCUCCGAGCGAGCUGGACGGUCACUCAGAACCCAGGAAACGAUGCGCGGCCAAAUGGAGAAAGUCGGGUUCGUGGAUGCGCAUGAGGAGCUCUACAAAAUCCCUCUAGGCCCUUGGGCUAGGGAUAAACAACUAAAGGAGGCUGGCCAGCUCCAAUAUGCCCACUGGAGUACUGCUCUAGAGGGUUGGGCAAUGUGGCUUCUUACCAAGUUUGGGGAACCGGAGCCGUGGACAAAGGAAGAGGUGCAGGUCUAUCUAGCUAGAGUGCGUGCGGAGUUGAAGGAUCCGCAUGUACAUCGCUAUGGAUAUGCUCGUCGUGUGUGGGCGAGGAAGCCUACUGAGGAGGAAUUGAGAGGAAAGGAGAUCAAGCGCGAGCCAUCACCAUAA